AUGGCAAACUCUAGCACCGUCAAUGUGUCUUCUGCGGUCAAUAUGCUUGAAGAUGUUAUACUCCUUGAUAUUGAUGGCAUUUCUCCCAUCUGGGAUACAUAUUCAUUUGAUCUUGACAUAGCGUCUCCAGGCCAAAAAAGAGUUGUCCUUCGCUUUAAAGACAUAACCCGCUUCAUUCGAUAUGAUGUCAAUAGUCUUGAUACUAUUGUUGAUAUCAUCAAGGCAGAUGACGUAGCGAGGAUGGACGACACAGUGAAGACAGAGCCAGUAAUCACCACCAUUGAUAUCAAGACGGAGGACUCAGAGGUCAUCAACAACGAGAUCAAGACAGAGGACACCAAAGCAGAGGAACUUGACGGUGUAACAUUGCUUCCAACAUGGUAG